AGAUGCUUCACUGUCCUUUUGCUUCAUUACAUUUGCGCGGAUACUCAACGCACUUCUAAACCCAAUUGAAACUUUCGAAAUAGGGGAAUACAACCGACAUGCAUGUCCUGUACUUCGUUGCUGCCUUUGCAUUUUUGGCCUUAGCCUCCCCCGCCUUUGCCGCCCCGAUCAACCUGCUCGAAAAGCGCGCGUUUUAUGACACAGAUGUCAAGGGGUGUCUCAAUAGAGGGAGAUGGAACAUUAGAAAUGACUGCGAUAGGUAUGUUAUGCUCCAAACUUUCCCCAAAAUUAUGAAAAGGAAGAAAGAAUAUUAACUCGGAUUAUAGCCCAUAUCCCAACCCGUAAGUUACCUAGCAAUAUCCAUGGAGAAAUAUGACUAAUAUGAGUCUCAAUAAGCCCGGCGAAAUACG